CACCAUGUGAUCAGCAAGGUUCCUCUGUCCUCCUACUCCUCACUUUGAUCAAAUUAAAGACCAGAGACGAGGACUAGAGACGAGGGGAGGACAGAUCAGUCAUGGUCUCCAAGUCAAGCGAUUCUGUGUCUAAAUCCAGAGGGAGCGACGGUUUGGGAAUGUUGACAUAUAAGUUAAAUCAACUUAAAAAGCAAAUUCAAGCAGCCAGGAUUGUGUCAGUUAAGGAGAAACUUGAGAAGAAUGAAAUGAAGCUAGAAAGUGAUGUUUUUUGGCUUCGUUCUGCCGCAACAUCUAGGCAUGAUGUGCCAUAUGUGGAGAAUGUUAGCUUAGGUAAAUUGCUUUGUUCAAGAAUUGAAAAUCCUCUUUGCAAGAUUAGCAGUCUUGCUCAAGGAUCAGGAGACAAAGAUUAUGCUAGCUGUGAAGAAGUUGUUUGCUCGACAAGUGCCAAGCUUCCGCCUGUUGAGAAAAUACCACCAUACACUACUUGGAUUUUUUUGGACAGAAAUCAGAGAAUGGCUGAGGAUCAGUCAGUGGUUGGAAGAAGACGCAUUUACUAUGAUCAGCAUGGCAGUGAAGCACUGAUCUGUAGUGACAGUGAGGAAGAGAUUGCAGAACCAGAGCAGGAGAAACAUGAAUUUUCUGAAGGAGAAGAUCGUGUCAUAUGGAUGGCCUUUCAGGAGCAUGAUCUGGGUGAUGAACUGGUUGACAUUGUAAUGCAAUUUGUUGGAGGCAAUUUUUCAGAAAUCCGGGAGCGCUACGACAUGCUCAAGGGAAAAAAUAAGGAAAAACAUGGGGAUAAGUUGAAAGGUUCUGGGGAAAUUGGGUCUGAAAAGAGCAUAUUUCUGGACAAAAGCCUUAGUGCUGCUUUAGAUUCUUUUGAUAAUCUGUUCUGUCGCCGUUGUUUGGUGUUUGAUUGUCGUCUGCAUGGCUGUUCUCAAAGUCUAGUUAACCCUAGGGAAAAACAGUCCUAUUCAUCUGAAUCUGAUGAGGAUGGGAAACCCUGUGGUGAUCAGUGUUACCUUCAGUUAAAAGAUGUCAAAAAUUUGCCAGAAUGUUCGGUUACCAAUCCCCUGCAUAGAAUUAUAAGUGAAAAUUCAGUAGAUGAAAGUGGGCCUCCAAUCUCCCUGAAUGCUGAAGAGCAAGUGCCCCAUUAUGAGAAUACAGGAAAGCGCAAAUUCUCAAAGGAUAAAAACACAGUACAAGAAGCCCCGAUGCUGGGUUCUGAUGACUUGGAAGGUUUUUCCAGUAAGAAACAGAAGAAAUUAUCUGCUCCAAAUGUAGUUACUGUGACUACUGAAGGUAGUCCAUCUCUGGAUCAAAGUUCCUGUGCCAAAAGCAAGGACCUGGAAUUUGAGGCACCCCGUGAAAAUGAACCUUGUAUUUCUACUGAAGUCGCUACAGGUGGUAGUUCUUCUGAACCUCAUUUAGAAGAAGGUAGUUGUCAUACUAGUGAUUUGGGGAACAAGAUUGAAUACAGUAUGAGAGGUGAAACAAAAGUUACUGCAGAAGUGCCUACACUGGAGCAGUCAUUCAAUCUCAUGGUAGGACAAGAUAAAAUGGCAUUAGGCAGCUGCGAGUGGAAACCUCUUGAGAAAGAACUAUACAUGAAGGGAGUAGAGAUAUUUGGGAGAAACAGUUGCCUCAUAGCCAGGAAUUUACUUUCUGGCUUGAAGACUUGCACAGAGGUAUCCAGUUACAUGUGUGCUAAUGGAGCAGCAAUGCCUCACGGAUCUAUUAUUAUUCCAACCUCAUGUUCAGAUGACAAUGCAAAAGCUGAUACUGAGCAUUUGGAGAGAGAGCUGCCAACAAGAUCACGGUUGCUUCGAAGAAGGGGCAGAGCACGGAAGCUUAAAUAUUCUUGGAAGUCUGCUGGACACCCGUCAAUGUGGAGAAGAAUUGCAGAUGGGAAAAACCAGUCUUGUCAGCAAUACAUGCCUUGUGGAUGCCAGUCUAUGUGUGGAAAGCAAUGCCCUUGUCUAAGUAAUGGCACUUGCUGUGAAAAAUAUUGUGGGUGUUCAAAAAGCUGCAAAAAUCGGUUCAGGGGAUGCCACUGCGCUAAGAGUCAAUGCAGAAGCCGGCAAUGUCCAUGCUUUGCUGCUGGACGUGAGUGUGACCCAGAUGUUUGUAGAAAUUGUUGGGUUAGCUGUGGAGAUGGUUCACUAGGUGAGCCACCCAAACAAGGAGAUGGCCAAUGUGGAAACAUGAGGCUCCUUCUAAGGCAACAACAAAGGGUGAUCUAUCACAUGCGUUUUAAUAUAAAAUUAACUAUGGUAGUGAUUUUGAAACUUUUUAUGCCCUUAUAUGCUUCCUUUCAGAUCCUCUUGGCAAAGUCUGAUGUGGCUGGCUGGGGAGCCUUUUUAAAGAACCCUGUCAACAAAAAUGAUUAUCUUGGAGAAUACACUGGUGAACUAAUCUCGCAUCGGGAAGCAGAUAAGCGUGGGAAAAUUUAUGACCGUGCAAACUCAUCAUUCCUCUUUGACUUGAAUGAUCAGGCAAGUGACAUCUAUCACUGUGGAGAUGGUUCACUAGGUGAGCCACCCAAACAAGGAGAUGGCCAAUGUGGAAACAUGAGGCUCCUUCUAAGGCAACAACAAAGGAUCCUCUUGGCAAAGUCUGAUGUGGCUGGCUGGGGAGCCUUUUUAAAGAACCCUGUCAACAAAAAUGAUUAUCUUGGAGAAUACACUGGUGAACUAAUCUCGCAUCGGGAAGCAGAUAAGCGUGGGAAAAUUUAUGACCGUGCAAACUCAUCAUUCCUCUUUGACUUGAAUGAUCAGUAUGUCCUUGAUGCUUAUCGCAAAGGAGACAAACUGAAAUUUGCAAACCACUCGUCAAACCCCAACUGUUAUGCAAAGGUAAUGCUGGUCGCUGGCGAUCAUCGAGUUGGCAUUUUUGCCAAAGAGCAUAUUGAAGCUAGUGAGGAGCUCUUUUAUGAUUAUCGCUAUGGGCCUGAUCAAGCUCCUGUUUGGGCUCGGAGACCUGAGAAUUCAAAGGGUGAUGAUUCGUCAAUUAAUCAAGGUCGAGCAAAGAAACACCAAUCUAAUUGA